GAGGAAGGAAUCAAACUCCCAAGAUGGCGGCGGCGGCGUCUGAGGAGCGGAUGGCUGAGGAAGGAGGCGGCGGCCACGGCGACGGCGGCUCCUGCUCGGCCGCCGGCUCCGCUCAGCGACAGCCCCCGGCGCCCCCGGCGCAGGCCCCGCAGCCGGGGUCCCAGGCACCCGCCGCGCCCGCCAUGGCACCAGACCACCUGCCUCAAAACAACACACUGGUGGCGCUACCCAUCGUAGCCAUCGAGAACAUACUCAGCUUUAUGUCCUACGACGAAAUUAGCCAGCUCCGCCUGGUUUGUAAAAGAAUGGACUUGGUCUGUCAGAGAAUGUUGAAUCAGGGGUUUCUGAAAGUGGAGAGGUACCAUAACCUAUGUCAGAAGCAAGUUAAAGCACAACUACCGAGGAGAGAAUCGGAAAGAAGAAACCAUUCCUUGGCUCGUCAUGCAGACAUCCUGGCUGCUGUGGAGACGAGGCUGUCACUGUUAAAUAUGACCUUCAUGAAGUAUGUGGAUUCCAACCUCUGUUGCUUCAUCCCAGGAAAGGUGAUUGAUGAGAUUUACCGUGUACUGAGAUAUGUCAAUUCUACCCGAGCCCCUCAGCGAGCUCAUGAAGUACUGCAGGAGCUACGGGACAUCUCUUCCAUGGCAAUGGAGUACUUUGAUGAGAAGAUUGUUCCAAUUUUGAAGAGGAAAUUGCCAGGAUCAGAUGUGUCUGGAAGACUCAUGGGCUCUCCUCCAGUUCCCGGACCAUCCGCAGCCCUGACAACAAUGCAGCUCUUCUCCAAGCAAAACCCGUCCAGACAAGAGGUUACCAAACUACAGCAGCAGGUCAAAACCAACGGUGCUGGCGUGACUGUCCUCAGGCGUGAGAUUUCUGAGCUUCGCACCAAAGUGCAAGAACAGCAGAAACAGCUUCAAGACCAAGACCAGAAACUGCUAGAGCAGACCCAGAUCAUAGGCGAACAGAACGCACGGUUGGCAGAGCUGGAGCGGAAGCUCCGGGAAGUCAUGGAGAGUGCAGUAGGAACAUCCUCAGGGGCUGCGCAGAGUGAGGAGUCUCCUCGGAAACGAAGGAAGGCAGCAGAAGCCAUGGACUCUCUUAGGAAAUCUAAGCGACUUCGGAAUAGAAAGUAAACUGGAACAUGGCUCCAGCUCCAGAGGAAGAUGUCUAUGGCUGAGAGGUUAAGCAGUUACUCCUGUCAGGAUAUUGGAGCUACACGGUGUCCCUUAGGCUUCCAGGCGAUCAGACACAACUUAACUUGGCUCUUGUGGUUGGCAUCCUUCGCGUUUCUCUGGUGGAGCUGAUGCACAGAGCCUUCUUACCUUGCAAUAGAUUUGUACUAACCACGCCCAUUCUAUCAUGAUGGGGGGGGGCUAACCUUGUUCCUGUGCAGGCGGUGUGUUAAGUUUGUUUGUUUCUGCAUAUAUGCACAUUACAUACACAUUUUAAACAAACCCAUUCUUGACAGACUAAAAGUUAAGUUUAAUACAUAAAAUGUCCUGUUCACUUGAAAGAAAAAAAUCUACUUUUUAAAUGGACACUAUCUUGUUUUUUUAAAAAAAAGUUGACUUUUUGUUUGUUAUAAGUGACCUUUGUCUGGAAUGUCUGAGACAUGGUUAAUACUUUGGUAUUGAAGUGAUGGGUAACGGAAGAACUGAGAGUGUUGGCUGUAGAGACCUUCUGCAGUAGCGACUGUUUUUAUAUAAACCACUGGCAAGGGUUGUUUCCAGGUGUUAGAUACAUGCUUUCAGUUUUCUUUGGGGCCAUGUUCUACAUUUGCAUGGAUGGAUGCAUGCAUUGCCUAGUCAGCACACUUCACACAGCUCCUGCACUGGUGUUGAUCUCGAACCUCUAGACUUCACAUGUUAGAGCUGCGCCUUCAUUGAUUUAAGUACUUGGCAUCUUCCUCAGCAGCUUGCCCGUAGGGGGAGAAUUGUCAGUCCAUUUGUCCUCCGGUUUUACAGGCACAAGAGACUGUUAAAGUCCAUUGAUGUAUCUCUUCCCUGUAGGGUUCAGGUACAUGGGCUAAGACAGGACCUCGAAUCCAAGGCUCUUUGUAUAGCCGUCAGACCUCUGAGAACUAGCCAUGCUCUGAGUCAUCUCUGUGCUCGCUGGUCAACCAUGACUUAAUAGGGACCCAACUGAGGGAGAGUUCACUGAAGAAAAUUGUACCAUGAAAAAACACUUCAUUUCUGGGGCAUGACCCCUGGGAAGCUUUUUCAUACCACUUUCAAGCUCUCAUAUGACUUUGAACAGAAGCUUUAGUCUUGUUUGCACUCCUGUUUUGAGCUUGUAACUGGAAAAGCGUGUCUUGCACUGUUCAACCCCCUGAGUGGUCACUUUAACAACUUCCAAAUUGUAUAAAAUGGUUCUUUCUCCCAGUUGUAUAUUUUUGAAACAUUCAACUAUCACUGUCCUAUUUUUAUUUUAAUUAUGUACUAAAUUAUGUAGUUUUGUUCUUUAAACAUCUGUUGCUUUGGGCUUCGUUUAUUUAUAGUAAAUGUAGGUAAGAUAGUAAAAACUGUCCCUUUCCAGGUGAAAGUUGACACCUGUGUAAAACUAAGGUUUUGGUAAAUCCCGCAGUGGGAGAAAAGCACAAGGUUGUCAUCUGUCCAUCAUGACAUGUUAUUCAUCCUUUAGGUUACGUUUACCAAGUGACACUUUCCUACCCGUUCUUAGUAUUGUCCCUUUAUGAUCCUGCCCUUGGGUUCUGUUCAAGUCUCUGUCUGACUUUGCAAGUCCAUCAGCAGUAUAGUGUGUCUUCAGUGAGAAACCUUAACAUGGUAUCCAAGUGUUUCAUGGCUUGUUGGGAAGGUAAUUUUAAAAUAAACCAUUUCCUGAAAAGAUUUGUCAGCCAAGGCCAUCCGUAAAGUCCCCUGUCUGGAACUCCUUGCCUCAGCAGGUCUCACUUUUGCAAUCCUAGGAUGUAGCCUUGUCACUGUAUCCCUGGAGGAGGCCCUCUGAGCUCUCAGAGCUUGACUUUGCCAGUCUGCUGCUCUGACAGAGGAAGACUUUGAAGCAUCAGCAUACAGGUUUUCAAAGUAUAAUCCUUAUGCAUCAAAGAAAAUAAUCCUCAAGUUAUUUCUAUAAUAAUUACUAAAAAUUUCUCAAACUGCAUCUAACUAGCCUAAGUGUAACCUCUAGUCUUCCAUUAGUCAGUCUGAGUACAUGGCUUCUAUGAGCACUUACACAGUGAGCAGGAAGGGUCUACAGCAUGAGCCUGUGAUCUCCAGCCCAUCAGAUGGAGUGUACUUGUUUCAUGCAUAUCUAUAACUGAGAAUAAAGCUCUAUGGCUCGCUUGUCUUAAGCUUUACUCAGAGUAGCUUGACACGUUAGGAGGUUGUCUUCACCAUUUAGUAAGACAGCUAUUGGGGAGCUAUAAUGCUCACUUUGGGAGAGCAUAGUGGUAUUUAGAGUCUCCAAAUCAUGCACUAUUUUAAUAGCUUAAACUGGCUUGCCCUGGGAAAACUUAACUAGCCUCCUGGGAGAGACCACUUGCAUUUCCUGGCAGAAUCUUACAUGCUAUAGGUGGUUUUCAACAUGUUUCAUAAAGUAUUUCCACCCAGAAGAGAUUCCUCUGAUUGAAUGGGCCAUUUCCAUAUAUAAGUUUACCCACAGUCCACACUACACACAGUCAUACACAUGAAAAGAUACAGAUGGGAGGUGAAGACAGGCCCUGUCGGGCAGAGCCUGCUCCCCUCCCCCACACACUUUGCUCACAUGGUUUCCACCCAUCUUGGGUUACAGAAACUUCAAACUUUCCUUCUAAUUUAUAGAGAGCCUGGAGGUAGUGGGGGCAAUUAACAGUACUGUGUGAAGACUGUUUGGGUGCCCCAUGUCUAAAGCCACUGGUUUGAAUCAACAUGUUUUUUGGAGUACAGAACUCAAAGGGGCUUGCCUUAAUUCAGUAGUUUCAAGAUGUAUGCGCUAUAUUCUGUGUGUUAAAAUGGUAAAAUAGUCUAUGUAGCCCUAAGAGUGGGUAAAACAGAGUUUAAUGCCUAAAUAAAUAAGCUAAAAGGUGUCACAACAGCUGGAUUUUUUAGAGAAAAUGGACAUGUAAAAAAUAGGCUUAUGUGUCAUGAACAAAAACUAUGGCGCCUGGGGAUUGCACUACUUCAUGCACUAUUUUAUAUGCCAUUCAUAGCCUGCACUUUAACCUCCAAAGAAAUGCUGUGUGGUGCCUGUUCUUGUUAGAGCUCUUCCCUAAGUCGGCACAUACUUUUAUUUCACUAUGCUGAGUUAGUCUCCUGGAGCUGCCGUCUUUAUUUGGGUUCUCUGCUUCCUGAGCCAUAAUCCUUUCUAGGAUCUGAGAACUCCUGUCUCGUCCCUUUCCAACAGCAUAGAAUCCUAGUGUGAUGUAAAUCUCAUCCUUGGUGAUCCACACAGUCCUAGAUCCUCUUCUAGUGGUGAAUAUGUGUUCGUUACUGGUGCCACGCCCUCAGAAAGCAGACACUGUAAAACUUGAAGGUGGGAAUAAAAGUCCUGAAAGGGAACACACAAAAUGAUGCAGCUCCUGGAAAAUGGCUGAAUCUAACAACAGGAAGUUGAAUUUACUGUUGAAUGCUUUGGCUUGGGUUCCACAUGAGGUCCUUUAGGGCAGAAGAGGUUCUGUUAAACUGUUUAAAUGUAGAGCCCAUCUGCGGGAAAGUAUCUUCAACAAAAUGUGUACGUCUACAAAAGCCAGUAACUACUGCGGAAGUGUGGCCACCGCCUGCUCUCAUUUUGAGUAGCCGUCUAAGGCAGGCUUGAGUGAUGUGGGCCUUUCCCAGUUUCCCAAGAAUCAUGGUUAAAUUUUUUAAGCUCAAGCAUUAAAUUCACCUUCCCGUUGUGUCUGAAGAUAGCCACAAGCUUUAGAAGCCUAGGAAUCUGAUCAAGCUAUUGCCAAAGUCUAGCGGUUCAUGCUGCCCAAAGGUUAGACGUGUUUUAAACUCCUUUAUGUGGUACCAUAUGUCUGUUUACUUCUGCUCGUGAGCAACAAUAAACCACUAGUUUACCUUC